AUGGCUGAUCGUUACAGUUUCUCACUUACUACCUUCUCUCCUUCGGGAAAACUUGUCCAGAUUGAAUAUGCCUUGAAUGCUGUCUCUCAGGGUGUUACAUCUGUCGGUAUCAAAGCUACCAAUGGCAUCGUUAUUGCAACAGAAAAGAAAUCAGCCUCCAGCCUUGUCGAUGAUUCCACACUUGAGAAGGUGGCUACUAUUUGUGCCAACAUUGGUAUGAUCUACUCUGGUAUGGGACCUGAUUUCCGUGUGUUGGUUAGUAAGGCACGUAAAGCAGCACAAGCCUAUAAAAGAGUGUACAUGGAAGAGCCUCCAGUACGUAUCCUCGUUCAAGAAGUAGCCAGUGUCAUGCAAGAAUAUACUCAAAGCGGUGGUGUCCGUCCCUUUGGCGUAUCCCUUUUAAUUGCAGGCUAUGACGAAGUGAAUGGACCCUCUCUCUAUCAAGUUGAUCCUUCUGGUUCCUAUUGGGCUUGGAAGGCCAGUGCUAUUGGUAAAAACAUGAUCAAUGCAAAGACCUUUUUGGAAAAGAGAUACAAUGAAGAGAUGGAAUUGGAAGACGCAGUACAUACAGCAAUUUUAACCCUCAAGGAAGGUUUCGAGGGACAAAUGACAGAGAAUAGCUUAGAGAUUGGUAUUAUUGGAAAGAGCACUGUUGGUGUUUAUGGUGGCGAAAGAAAGGAGAUUCCAUUAUUUAGAAAAUUGAGCUUGAGUGAAGUCAAAGACUAUUUGGCCAACAUUGCUUAA